UGCAUUGUACUUUAGUUUUGCGUGGACUUUGGGGCUAUUGUGCUAAUAUCGGGGCGGAGUCUGGAAUGUCGCAGUGGACAGAUCACACGUGCUCUCAAAUCAUUUUAUAGAAAUGCGGAAAAUAAAAAUGUGAUAACUUUAGUAAGCUGCUAAGCGUCUCAGACUGAAAUCGUUUAAAAUGAAUCGGCAGUACUCGGAUUCCGGAUCAUGUAAAGAAACCAUGCGUGAAAAUACUACAAGUGUUAAACAUGAUGUGGAAAUAAGUGAUUUAUUAUGCAAAUCUAAUGAAAAUUCAACUGAUAAGAAAUCUUCAGACGUUACCAAUAACAGAAAUGUUGGUCGAUUCUGUUCGUUUAGUAUCGACAGUAUCUUGUGUCGCAACAAUGACUCUCAUCUGGAUUGUACAAAACAAAAUAAUAAUAAUUUGAUUAAUGUAACGCCUACAAAUGCACCCAGUACUAUUUUCGUUAAACAUACAAAUGGUGAAUAUUGGAGCAACUUUAAUACAAUUAUUGCCAAAUCGUUACCAUUUCUGCAAAGUAUGCCAUAUAAUAGAGAUGAUACUAUGGAAGGUCCAUACUCGCCAGAAUUUAAAAGUUCAACAUCACAUUUUCACUGUCCUCUCAAAGUGGCAAUGCCUCCAUAUUUGCAUCACUUGAUAAGUGUUCAAGGAAAACGAUUCAGAAAGCAAGGAAUUGAUAGAAAACCUCGGCAGACCUAUAGCGCAAAACAGUUAGAUCGUCUCGAAAACGAAUUCAAGCUGGAUAAAUAUUUGAGCGUAAGCAAGCGGAUGGAGCUUUCGAAAACAUUAUCUCUGACAGAAGUACAAAUAAAGACGUGGUUCCAGAAUCGUCGUACAAAAUGGAAAAAGCAGCUAACAUCGAGAAUUAAAAUGGCUCAAAGACAGGGGCUAUACAAGUGUGAUAUGUAUCUAUCAGCGAUUUCAUCAAAAGCGACGAGCAAAUCAGCAUAUUCCAAUUCUAAUUUCCAUCCCACGUUUUAUUCGGAUGGCCAGUGGUACUUUCCAAGACCCACUUAAAUACAGAUAAAGAAAUAGUUGUUUAAUAGUAGUGCAUGUUAGAUAUUAUUGAGUUUUAAACAUUAAGCCAAGUCAUCGAUCAACAAUAAAUUAUUGUAAAACCACUGCAAUAAGAGUCAAAUAGAUUUAUGCUUUAAAUAUUUGUAUGCUGAUAUACUAUAUUCAAGGAUUAAGUGCGAUUUAUAUCUACACUGAUAAAUAAAAAAUGUUCUUAAAUCAA